AUGGUAAAUAUAUGCUUCGGAUAAAGGUUUCAAGGACUCGACAUCAUCAUAUUCAUUGGAAUUGUUCUUAUGUCUAGGUCUAACGUAUGUCGCGGACAAGGCAGAAGAACUGGGGAUAUAUAUUCUAGCGUUUUAGUCAUAACGAUUACAGGAAUGUCGUUGGACCCGACAUUUCAAUUUGUGAAAAAUAUGAUUGUCAGUUCAAUCGCGCGUCCAGAUGGACAUAAACUGCCUUUUGACUGCUGCUUUCACUUGGUCCUCCAUCUCGAAAUUCAGGAUACUUUAGCCCUGAAUAUGCAUAGAUAGCGAUGAACGGCAUUUCUUCAGUGUUACAGCAGGAAACAAAUGUUGCAGGAUACGACGGCUUGAUUAUGGUUGAAGAUGGAUGGGAACUGACCGGAUACGAGCCAUAUCAAACCUUUCUUUCGGGAUGGCUGCGUCUCAAUCCUCAAGACUAUCCUGGGGCAGGAAAAUCGAUACUGAAGGGCAUUGAGGGGAUGGCAUACUCCUGCGUGGUAAUGGUUGCUAAAGCAUACGGAAGUCUGAUCAGGAAGACUAUUAGAGAUCCAGAUGAUCGUGUGCCUUCCAAUCCAUCUAUUCAAAGUAUUAUGGGUGGCGACCAUACCAAAGAUUCCGAGGUUGUGCAGAUGUACCAGAACAAUUCAUACAAAGGACCGAACGUGUCGAUUAUUCUGGACGAAAAUGGCGAGAAGGCAUUCUACACAAUUAUGAGUGUAUUUCAAGGGUGAUCUGCCUGGCGAUGUCCCACCUGGAGCUGUUCAGAAUCCACAAUGGAGCAACGCAGCAGGAGCUGCCUUUGGAAUUUUUUUGCAUUAUUGGCAUGGUCU